AUGGCGCUACUUCCCCUCCUCCACAGCUUGCCCACCUGUAAAAACCCAUCUCCUUUGCGCAGGCCCGCGUGCGCCCACAUCUCCUGCUCGAUGGAGGUCGAGAGGGGCGUCGAGUUCGAGACGGCCGGGUCCUUCUUCCGCCGCGAGAGCGCCGUCGGCCGCGACCUCGGUGUCCUCUCGGCGGCACUCCACCGGCGGGCCCUAGGCGGCGAGAUGCGAAUCUUCGACGCCAUGUGCGGUUGCGGCGUGCGGUCCCUGCGCUACCUCCGCCAGGCCGGGGCGAGCUUCGUGUGGGCCAACGACGCCAACGAGGAUUCUCGUGGGGUCAUCGUUUCCAACCUCUCCAGGGCCGGCGGGGCGGCACCGCCUGGAAGGGAGAGGAGGAAAUGGGUGGUGUCGCAUUCUGAUGCGAACAGGGUUAUGGCGGAGAAUUAUCUCCAGAGGGUGUUAUUCGAUAUGGUGGAUGUCGACUCCUUCGGAAGCGAUUCCUCUUUCCUGAGGUCCGCUAUUUUGUCAGUGAAGCUCGGAGGGUUGCUGUACGUCACCUCCACCGAUGGGUAUACCUCGGGAGGGCAUCGGCCUCAGCAGUAAGUUGGGAUUUUUUUGCUCUGAAGAUCAAACCCACCUCUGGAGUUUCGGAUACUAGAUCGUGAAUACCGCGUUUUUAUCUAUUUUAACGGAGAAAAAUCGUCAUAAUAAGCCCAUCGUUAAUUUUUUUACUUCCCAUCCGCUUACCACAUUGAGCCUCUGGAGGUCAACUAGACAGAGUUAUGGAAUAACUUGGAGAUUUUCUAGUCAAGAUAAAACCAGAUAGCUGAGACUAAAUGCCUACAUGGUUGAAGAAUUAAUUCUUUCCCCUAAAAAAUAGGAUUUAUUACCCCUGAAAAAAAAUGAUUUAAUCAACCCUUUAUUAAUAUUUCUCUUCGGGUUACUAACUUCUCAUUUUUUUUAAUCUUUCUAAAUUUUAGAUCUUUAGCUUCAUACGGAGCUUAUAUUCGUCACAUGCCAUACUCGAAUGAGGUAGGGCUCAGAAUGCUUAUAGGUGGGGCUUUACGUGAAGCAACUGCUCUAGGCUUCCAUCUCUUACCCCUUUUCUCAUAUUAUUCCUAUCAUGGGCCUGUAUUCAGAGUGAUGCUCCGAGUGCUCCGUGGAAAGCUUCAUGACCCUUGGUAAGAUCUCGUGGAGGACUCUCUCUGUUCCUGAUUUUACUCAUUUAUCUUUAUGCAUAUAAUCCGACCAAAUGCUGUGGGCUGUUUCUCUCUGCAGUGACUAUGGCUUCAUCAGCUAUUGCAAUAGAUGCGGGCAUUCCCAAGGAUUUUCGUGGGAACAACUUGGGCAGAUGUGUUGCCCAUGCUGUAGUGGGGAGGUACUGAAGUAUGUUGUCUGUCAGAAAUUCUCUCAGUAACUAGUUUAGGCGUCUGUUGUUGAGGGACAUAUCCUCUUCUUACCCAUGUUGAAGAUAUUAGAUCAUUUUGACCAUGAUUGACGAGUAAACAUUUGCAGUUACCACUUAAAAAAUGACUUUGCGUCAUCAAUGAAGGCAUUCUUUCAGUCAUAAUCAAAUGAUUCUGAACCCCCUCUGACCUGCUCAUUUCAGGUCUCUCGAUCCCUUGUUGUGUCUGGUCCUGUGUGGACUGGAGCUCUUCACGAUGCCAACUAUGUAGGGGAAAUGCUUGAACUAGCUGGGGAGUUUGGGUGGACAGAUUUAGAGAAGCUGUUGAAGAGGAUGCUUGAAGAAAGCGACCCUAGAUUGCCAUUUGGGUACAUCAAAGUCGACGAGGUCUGAUCUCUCUCUGAUAAUCAUACCCUUCUCAAGGUCCCAUUUAUCCUGCAUGAACGGUUGACCCUUCACGUGGCAUUAGAUCAACGAAGGUCAACUUACUCUAUUUGGCUGUGGCUUCCAGAUUGCACGCAGAGCCAAGAUAAAUUCUCCUCCGCUCGGUGCCCUGAUGAGCUCCCUUCAGAAGGUAAUCACAAUCAGAAUUUAUUGGAGUAAAUCACCAAGUUUAUUUCUAAAUAAGGAAUAUGGGACUAUUUUUGACAUGCAUCCUCCCGUCCAAGCAGACUUUUUGGGCUGACAUUUGGGCAACAUAAAUGGGGGACGGGCAGCCCUCAGCUCUGAUGCCAUGUUAGAAAAUAGGGCAAAUAGUGCUAUUUAUAUGGAGAGAGGAGAGAGAGGGGCAGCACAAAUAUGGGUCGCAUGGCAGAUUUGUGCCACGGGAGCUGGUUUCCCAGUCCCCAACUUCAGCCAUUUUCUGACUCCAGUGACAAAGGACUUCUGCUUUUCCUUUUUUAGGAGGGUUAUGUGGCAAGCCGGUCGCACAUCUCCUUAAACGCCUUGAAGACUGACUGCCCGAUGGCAACGUGCAUCGAGAUUGCCAGGAAACUGCAGUGGAGGUGA